GCUCAUAAAAUAGGCUGCCCACGGUGCAAACAGCAACAGUUUGGGAGAAAUUUCCCACCGGUCAACACAUCACACACACCACACCCAGCAGACGAACAUGAAGUCGAUUAUAAUUUUCUUGGCCUUAUUCGCCGCUUGCCAUGCGGCUCCCACCACUCCGGCUGACGUCAAGGAAGCCGCGGUGGCUCUUUCGCGUCCAAGUCCUAUCGCUCCUGAUGUGAUCAGCGAUCCCAAGCCCGACGAGAAGGUUGUCCUCCUGAAGAGUGAGCCCGCCCUGCAUCGCCAGAAGCGGGAUGAGACUGCUCACCCCAAGCCCGACAGCGUGAAGGCCCGCGAGCUGCUGCAGCAUAAUCCCCAACGCCAGUCGGAAUCGCCAGCCAAGACUCACGAACCUCUGCAGCAUGAUCACAAGAAGUCGAAGCGCGAGGCUCACCACGAAGAGGGUCAUCACGAAGAGGCUCACCACGAGGAGGAGCCAAAGAAGGACGAGGCGAAGGAUGGCCACUCUCAUGCCGACUCCCACAAGCAGUCCAAGCGUGAGGCUCACCACGAAGAAGGCCAUCAUGACGAGGGUCACCACGAGGAGGAGCCAAAGAAGGACGAGGCGAAGGAUGGCCACUCUCAUGCCGACUCCCACAAGCAGUCCAAGCGCGAGGCUCACCACGAAGAAGGCCAUCAUGACGAGGGUCACCACGAGGAGGAGCCAAAGAAGGACGAGGCGAAGGAUGGCCACUCUCAUGCCGACUCCCACAAGCAGUCCAAGCGCGAGGCUCACCACGAAGAGGCUCAUCACGAAGAGGGUCACCACGAGGAGGAGCCAAAGAAGGAUGAGGCGAAGGAUGGCCACUCUCAUGCCGACUCCCACAAGCAGUCCAAGCGCGAGGCUCACCACGAAGAAGGCCAUCAUGACGAGGGUCACCACGAGGAGGAGCCAAAGAAGGAUGAGGCGAAGGAUGCCCACACUCAUGCCGACUUCCACAAGCUGUCCAAGCGCGAGGCUCACCACGAAGAGGGCCAUCAUGACGAGGGUCACCACGAGGAGCCCAAAAAGGAUGCAUUGCCUCAUGCAUUGCCUGCAUCCGCUCCUGCAGUCACAGCUCCCAAGCAGAAGCGAAACUCUCCCCCGAAGCCAGAGGCCUCAGGGCCCGACCAUCACGAUAUCCAUCAUCACGAGGAGAAGCAUUCGGCGAAGCCAGACUCCCACGCUCACCACAAGCAGAGGCGCGAAGCUCCCUCCAAGCCAGCACUCGCAAGGACCCUCGAACUGGAGCUCGAUCCGAAGCAGGCCGAAGAGCUGUUAAAAUCCUCUGCGCAGCGUCAUCAGCGUGACAUUCCAGUGCCCACUGAGAUCAAGUCCACCGCUGCUCCAGCCAACAACAAGGCCACAACAGAGCUGGCAAUACCCAUCCACCAUCCCGUGUCCGUGGCCGAGUUGUUCCACAAGGAGAAGCCCGCCGACGCCGGUUCCAGCUCCGAGGAGAGCAAGGAGAUCAAGACCUAAGACAAGGCCACAGCCUUGCACCAACCCUUGCUUAUGUAACCGUGUGACGAUAAUUGUCCAGUCACGUUUUCCAUAAUGAAAACAAAGAAACUGCGAAAUUGAAAAAUAAACAAAAAAUAUUUACACACUUA